AUGUCGCAAGGACAAGCAGUUCCGUUUGCUGGGAAAUGGCACCAUUUUACAGUCAGGACUGAUGGAGAAAAGGUGGUUCCAGAACCACAUGGUGACGCCGAACACACAGAAACCUGGGAAUCGGAGGUGAUGAUCCCUUUCGCAGUGGAAAGAACAGUUUACGCUUUCGGUGGACCCCUGCCAGACCAAGCAUCACUUUCGAGUAAAAUGAACAAGGUAUUUCCCUGCUACCCAACUUGCGAACCUAGGAUUUUUGAUAGUGAGCCCUACAACUUUAAUUGUUUAAGCAAACCCAACAAACUCUUUCGAUCCGCCCCGUCAAUAGCCCAUAGGGAUUACCUACCUUGGCUUGAUCGAGUCGAACAAGCAUAUGAGGAUUUCUGGAAGACAUAUGACAUCUUUGAUUUGAUACAAUUCUCUCGAUCUGGUCCUGAAUAUCGACCAGAAAUGCUGAUAGCAGCUAUGCACUUUUUCGAGUCUUCUACCAACACCUUUCAAUUCAAAUGCGGUAUGAUGACCCCCACUCUCUUAGAUGUAGCCGCCCUCACAGGCCUUAGGCCUAGCGGAGAAACUUAUGACCCCACUAAUUCUAGUGACAAUAUCAAGCUAGUAUAUAAGGAGAAUACCUUUUCCAAAUAUAUAGCUGAACACCAAGGACCGGUCGAAGAGGAGGUCUCUGAUGAAGAGCACGUAGCCUUCUUAACUCUGUGGCUAUCUCACUAUGUCUUCUGCACAAAAUCCUUGCAAGUAGCCAAAAGAUUUAUUCCAAUGGCAUUACAAAUUCAUGAAGGUCGGAACUUUGGGUUUGGACGCCUCUUGUUAGCAGUGCUAUACGAAUCACUUGGUGAGGCAUGCGAUGAUCUGAAGAAAUCGAAGGAUGGGUCUUCCUUCUUAGUGUCCGGGCCUAUGUGGCUUCUCCAAUUGUGGCUUAAUGCCACUUUCGAACAAGAAAUGGGAUUAAUAAUCCCACAAGAUUAUGCUGAAGAAGUUGCAAAUCGCUCGAUCGAAGGCCAGAGAGCACUUCGAUUAACACCCAAGACCUUAGAUCAAAACUCACAAAAGUUGUUCCUAAAGUACAUGAGGAUUUUUCUGAGCUUUGACAAGUUUCUUCCCCAACAUGCUCCAUUCAUUAGUCGAGAGGUUGGUCCGGCCUGGUUCACUGACUAUUUUCCUGCUGUCGAUCCGGACAAUGAAGAAGAAGUGAACGAAAUAUGGUCAUUUUACUUGAAUCCUCAAAUCCUGUCUUGUCGUACAGGUGUUCAAUCGAAUUAUUUAGGCCUGGUUGGAUACCAGCCUAAUUUGGUUUCAAGACAAUUUGGCCUCUCGCAAAUCCGUCCUAAAAGCUUGUUCGAAGAUCCUCGAGACGUCAUAAGAGGGGCCAAUCUUUCGGAAAAGACUUUCAAGAAGUUUUUGAAGAUUUCUCUUGAUGAAAACUAUAACCUGCAUCCUUUUGAGUUCAACCAUUCCCACUUCUGCACCAUGGGGUUUGUUACCUGGUGGGAGAAAUAUUAUUCGACCCGUUCAGUUGGAGACACUACUAUCAUGAUCUCCAGACUUGAGAGUGGUUUUACACAACCAACGGUCGAGAAUAUCCGCUCAAACCUUCAAGCUCGAGGCAAAACAAUCAUGACGAAGAAAAGUGCUGAAACGUCUCGAGCUGAUGUGAGACCCAAGAAACCCAUUGGGGUGAAGAUCCAAGAAGGGAAACAAGAAGAAAAGGAAGAAGAGGAAAGACCUCUUAUAAGAAAAAGAAAGUUACCUGCGACUUCAACCAAGUCUGCUGAACAAACAGAGGCAGGCAAUUCCCAGGCUCAAAUGCCUAAAAAGAAAAAGAAAGUAAAGCAGGUCGAGCCUGAACCUUCUGUGGCUGUUGAGGGUAGUGAACCAAUCAAGAAGAAAAAGAAAAAGACCAAGCCUUCAAAAGAACAAGGUGACAAUCAACCUGUUGACGUCCAACCACCUUCGACCGAUAUUGACGGCACUGAAGUAGAGGCUACUCCUUCUAUUGCUAAGAUGGGCAACCCUGUCGAUCAACCGGACUCACCACAAGAACAACCUGCCGUCGAGGUACAACAAAAUGUUUCUGUAGAAGAAAUACCCUCACAUGCUCGAACAUCUCCCGCUCCUGAGACGGAUGCAGUGAAUGUUGAGGAACAGGGUGAAGGUCAAGGCAUUGGACCCAGCAGUCCUCAUGGAUCGAGUCAGAAAAGUUCAUCCGAAGAAAACUUUUUCGAUGAAGAGGCCAUAAAAGAGGCUGAAGCUGGAGGUUCGGACAUUUACCCAGCGUCUUCAACAUCUAAGCUUUCCGCUAGCAUAGGGAUCGCAGAAGAUACAUUCAUCCAAAUGCAAGACGAAGACCCUGCUGCAGCCCUUCGACUCCUGCUGAACACAAGUCAAGCCAACACCUCAAGCGAAAAGAUUCCUGGUGCUUCGUCCUCAUCUGAUGCCGAAAUAAAUUCUUCAGUACGCCAAGAUUCUCUGCUCUUGAAGUUAUCCCUGGAAUACGCACGGGAAGAUGUGCUUAAAUCCAUUGAAGAGAACCCCUCUGCUGCCUUUGGGCACCUGAAUUUUUUGAAGAAAUUGCACAACCCCCUUACCUCUGAUGAGAUUCUAGGCAAGGUUAUCCAAAUCGAGGCCAUCAUUGACCAAUUUGCAAGUACUGUGCAGAAAAAACGCGAAAAUAGCGCCAGACUGGAUGCCCAAAAACAGGCACAUAUCCUUCUGCUCGAGAAAGCCCGAGCUGCUCAACAUGAGGUCGAACGUCUCACCAAAGAGGCGAAAGAAGGAUCUUCUGAGAUCAAAGCCUGUGAUGAUAACAUCUCCUCCUGGGAAGCAACUAUUACGAAUUUGCUGUCUCAGGUCGAUGAUCUAAGGCAGAAAAUUGUAACAGAGCAGGCCAAACGCAAAGAACUCCAGGAGAAGGCCGCUAACUCGAUUCAGAAACUGAUUGCUGAAAAAGGGAGGGAAGGCCUGAAGGCCUUUAGCGCAUCUCAAGCUGUAGCAGAUGAGGCAAGGGUUAUGGAGAGUGCUGACCAGGUCUUAACUAAAGAGAUGACCACCUUGAAAAAGCUGUAUGAGGAUUUGGUCAUGACUUAGUAGAACUUAUGAUUUCUUUAUUUCGAAUUCUGUAUUUCGAUUCUACUUUUCGAUGUAAUAUUGACACAUGCCCUUUCGUGGCAAUUUACUGUUAUCGCCAUUUUUA